AUGAACGGGGCAUAUGCGAUUGAGGAGGAAUUGAACAUGAUUCUAAGAAAGUCGUUGUUUACCAAAUGGAGGAACUCGGUGCAGUUGGAUACAAAAGCAAAUGGCUUUCUUCACCGUCAUUUGAUUUCUAGUGCAUUCAAUAAAUGGAAAUUGAAACUGAAAUCCACAAACAGGCAAAGGUAUUUCCAGGACCUAAUUGUUUCUCGGUAUUUCCAGAAUUGGGUUUUGCAAUUGAAGCUUUCUAGCUUUUUGAAAAAGAAAAAUGAUCAACAAGCCAAAGUAAUUUUCAGUAAAUGGAAAGAAAGACAAGCUGUAUUAUCUACUUUGGUAUCAAAGUCAACCAAAUUUCAUGACACGAAAUUGCAACAGGCAGUUAUAGAUAAAUGGAAUUCCGAGCUUGUGAAUGUACAGCACUUAGAAAACCGUGCUGAUGAUUUUUUCAAACGUCGAUUCUUGGUCAAUAAAUGGGAAUCCAAAAUAUUGGAACUUGAUGAUAGUAUUGUUGUUAAGCAUUUGCCUGAUGAAAUUGCCACUAGACUUACUUUUACUAUUUGGAAGCAAAAGUUUUUCAUUCACCUUGAAGAUAAAUUGCAAUGGAGAAUAGAUCAGUUAGAUUCCACAUAUUCUAACCACCUUCGAAAAUCACGAAUACUUGAUCUUUGGCGAUCCAAGCUACAGACGGUAAAAAAUUUAGAUAGUGUCAUGCUCGUUCCGCAAGCACAAUAUGCUAAAUCCAAGCUUGAAUUUUGGGUAUUGAAAACAGAAUAUUCUAAGCAAUUGAUGGAUACUGCUUUGAGAUGGGAAUCCACCAAUAUUACUUCAAAGUUCCUACGUAUUUGGUUUGAAAGAUUGCAAGUGGCUCAUUUGUUAGAAGAUACUGCUGAGGAUUUUGAGGUGGAGUCCAAUUUCAAAUUGGCAAGAGAUAUUCUUCGAAAGUGGUCAAUGCAUUAUACAAAGAAUACAAAACGUCACCAACAGUUAUGUGCAGACCAUAUUGCGAAAAAGAAGCUUGAGAAGUUUAGGUCGAUAUUUGAAUUGUGGGUUUAUAAGUCCAAGGAAGUAGAAGCAAACACCACUGUUUAUUCAAAUGGAUCACCACUAUCGAAAAAGGGUCAGGUUACACGGCAAUUAACCACUCCACAGAAACGUAUUUCCCCAUUAAGGGGAUCUUCAACGCCUGUGUCUAAAGGACCAAGCCCAAUAAAAUUCCAGGAAACAACCCAGAGAUUAAAAGAUCAAAAGAUGAGUGCGUUACGUGAACGGUUAGGACGAGCUCGAGGAGCUUCUCCACCAAUGAAGUUAACUCCGGUUAAGUUGGAUUUUAAAAAGCCAACCACUACCACAACCACUACUGCACCAAUACUUGGACCGCCCCUGCCUCCACAUUUUAAUGUUUCAGAUAUCGCAACUGCUAAACUGUCUGGUCGUAUCAGACCAAUGAUGUUCCCAGUAGAUGGAAUAUCGCAUUAUUCUCCUAUGGAUAAGAGUAAACUACGAGCUAGGAAUCCAACUUAA